GCUUCCCUUCUCCCGAUGGCGUGCGCGGAUCGACUUUGGCGCGCGGCGCUCUUGGCGCUUUCAGGACUCCUGCUGCGCACUUGCUUUUCUGUGGCGGGCAAAUCUUCUACCGAGGGCCGGCGUGUACGGGUGGGCAUCAGCUACGAGCUGGAGGAGGAUUUGGACCAGGUGGAGUUCAACCCGGCGCUGGAGUUCGUGUGCGGCCGGGGAGACGUGGUGCCGCAGAUCGACGAGGCGGUGAGGACCAUGCAGGUCGGGGAUCGUCGCUUCAUCGCCGGCGGCUCCGAGCCUUUGUUCGGCUGGCGGGACCCGGGCAAGCAGGUGCGCGUGCCGAGUUUGGAGCCGGCGGAGCUGGGGGACGUGGUGUCCUUGGAGCUUGGCACGGGAGUGGUGCUGGAGGUGUCAAAGUCUGAGAUGCUGGUGGACCUGAACCAUCCGCUGGCCGGGCGCCGGGUGAACGUCACCCUGACGCUCCUGGCGUGCGAGGAGGUGCCGCCCAAAGACGUCGAGGUGCGAACGCUGCGCCCUGGGGAUGGCAGGACUUACCCCAAGUACGGCGAUCGGCUCACGCUUCACGUGGAGACGAGCUUGGCUUCCUCCGGGGAGGUCAUAUCGUCUACAAGGUCUGGCCAGCCGCUUCAAUAUCACCUGGGCUUCGACGGCAGCGUGCAAGGAUUCGAGAUGGGGCUGCUCCAGGUGUCGCUGGGGGCGCUGGCAUCUCUCUACGUGCCCGCGCAAUUGGCCGGGCUCGGGCAAGGCUCCAGCUCCAGCUUCUUGCCCGCGAGUGAGGACCUGAAGUACGAGGUGGAGCUCUUGGCCAUCGACUCGGAGCUGGAGCUCGCAUUCUGAGUUUCGAGACGUCGAUGCUGCCGUGGACCAGAUCGUCGAAUCCCCACUGGGAAUCGGCUCCGUGUGUUGGAUUUGCUAUCCCAAGAGCCCAGGAGUCGCUGCGCUUCAAACUUUGGGAAGCCAAAGUUUGCGAAAGUUUGCGCGCUGCCUUGACGCGCCGCGCCGCGGAACGCGCGUCUUUCGCCGGAGCUUUGACGAAGCUGUACGCAGAGCGGAUCGACUGGACCGGGUCUUCGACUUCCGACA